GAAACGUUGCUUCCGUCUGGUGUGCUCUCCUCAUGGCACUGGUGUUGCUUUGCCACCAAGUCGCCAGUCAAGACCCAGUCGAGAAACUAGGCACGUGCGAGGAUGACACAUCUCCGCGUGCGAGCACGUGCGCCUUGUGUGACACCUUUGGCGUGACGACGCAGGAGGCCUGCUGCACUGACGGUAAAAUAUUGCAAGAGUGCGCGGACGCAUUGAAGGCCGUUGUAUACCAUAUUGGUGGACAGAAACCCCAAAAUGGAGACAGCUCCGAUGAAACCAUUCAGAAAAAUAUGGUAACCAAGGCAAUAUAUAAAGCUUUACGAGGCCACGAAGACAAUAAUGAGGACUCAGAAGAGGGUGUUUGGGGCGACUUUGCCUCCGAUGUUCAGAAAAAUGAUGGCGACGAGGACGACACAGACGAACAAAGCAAUGAUAUGGCUGCAGAUAAACGUUACGGAAGUGUGUUUCGCUUCCCAUACGGAAAACGUUACGGAAGCAUCUUCAGGAUGCCCUCUGGUAAAAGGUAUGGAAGCGUCUUCAGCAUGCCUUAUGGUAAACGUUAUGGGAGUGUGUUCCAACUGCCGGCCGGAAAGCGAUACGGAAGCGUGUUCCGACUUCCUGGCGGGAAAAGAUACGGCAGCGUGUUUAGGUUACCAAGUGGGAAAAGAUACGGAAGCGUAUUUCGAUUACCUGGUGGGAAAAGAUACGGCAGUGUGUUCAACUUACCCGCCGGAAAGAGAUAUGGAAGCGUAUUCCGUUUACCCUACGGAAAGCGGUACGGUAGCGUAUUCCGAAUGCCCAUCGGCAAGCGGUACACUAGUGAGUUACAAGACCCUUACAGUAAACGUUACGGGGCAAUCCUGAGGUUCCCGUGGGCGAAACGGGAUGAAAACUGGGGGCAAGAUGAAGAAUCGGACCCGGAAAACGAUGCUGGUCCGUAUUAUUACGAUUUCGACGAAAGCACAGACGAGGACAAUGAGCCUGAUACGAACGAACUUGACAAAAGAUACGGAGCAAUUCUUAGGUAUCCAUGGGGCGACCACUGGAAGCGGACCGUGUCUAUGUCCUCAUUUCCAUGGCGACCACAUGAAAGCGCAGUAAGACGCAAUAAUGACAUAGAUGAUGUUGACGCGGAUUACCCCUAUAAUUCACAAAGGCAAAAUGGCGAAAGGGAAGAAAUCGUUGCAAAGAGAUACGGACUGCUUCUUGGAUGGCCGUGGGCAAGUACAGGCAAGAUAAGAACAUCUUACUAUGGGAGAUACUAAAGUGUGCAAACUGUUAGUCUUAUGGGAGUGUUUGGCCGGUCUUAAACGCUGAGACCUACAUUGUGUAUUCCACUGGUCAAUUUGGAAAUUGGUUUAAGAAAUUAAGACUAAAUAUAUUAUUACGUAUCUUAUAUUUUACAUAAAGAAGUAUCGUUAUUGUAUAGUGGAAAAUACGUCCAAGUAAAAGAGUUUUAGACAGUCAAGUAAUCUAUUUCCUUGAAAACAUGAAGAUCAGUGCUUAAGACUUACUAGUGCGUAUCCAGAAUUAUAGAGGCAUUUAAGUUGUAAUACAUCAUAUAAAUCUAUUUAGUUAUUAUAGUUAGGGCUUUCUCAAGAACGGAUUUAUGCAUUUAUCUCAUAAACGAUAUUUGGACGACAGAGAGAAAAGAGCAGAAACUCGAAGAAUAAAGAUGAGUAUACUGCCGUGGGAUCCAUGAAUGUGUAAAACAUGCUUGCCACAAGUCACCCGUUCCACUACAGGGGCGCCCAUUGUGCUGUGAGUACUUAGGGCGUGAAAGGACAGAAAUCUGACCUAGAUUUUAUAAUAUUUCUUUGAAAAUCUUCCGUGCGUGCUUUUUUUAAUUAAAAUUCACAAGUAAAAUUUUUGCCUACUUGCGUAAAGGGCCCUUUUUUUAAAUGGUUUCUUUUCUGUAAGUUAUUUGCUUGCUUCUUUUUCGGAUAUAGUUUAGUUAACGACGAAAUGCAAAGCAGGAUAACUUGUAUAAAUCAUCUGUACAUGUUUGUCUGCUGUAAUGAAAAUCAAGUAUAUUUAAAGCUCGUUGUAAUUAUCUGGUAAGAAUAUAAAGGCCAUCAAAGGAAACGUUUUAAGCACCCAAAUAUCGAGUCUAUAUUUGGUAUGCUCGAAAAACGGUUAAUUUUUGAGGUCCAAAUGAGGAAACAGACUAGCAUAUCAGAAUUUUAUGACAACCGUGUCUGAGUUCAUAAGCGACCUGUCUUGUAUUUCUCUUUUACACGAUGGCUUAAUAA